CGGCGGCCAGAGGAGGGGGCGGUGGGGACCGGUUCCGGCGAACCGCAGGCGGCGAAGAGGGGGAAGCGGUGACCUGUUCCAGCGAGCAGGCGCUAAGCAGAGUCGGAAGCGGCGAUGUCGAAGCGGCUGGUGUCGCGGUUGCUGGGGAUGUUCCAGUCGCGGACGCAGGUCGGCGUCGACAAGGCCGGCAACCGCUACUUCACCCGCGUCGAGGAGGUCGACGGCGCCAUGAAGGAGAGGCGGUGGAUGGAGUUCAAGGGCGCCGACCAGGACUCGACCACCGUUCCAGUCGAGUGGAUUUGCUGGUUGAAUGGCCAAAGGAAGAAAGCUCCAACACCAGAGGAAUUGGCUGAGCUGGAGGCAAGGCGUGAACGUGUCAGGCAAAACAUUGAACUUAUCAAAAAGAAAGAAGAAGACGAAAGAAAGGCUGGUGUCCGACCAGUCAAGAAAAUUGGGAAAUCUGAAUCUCCAAAUCUCCAAAGUUUUAUGAAGCAGCAGUUCCCAGGUACUCUAGAUCAGCAGAAAGGGCCUGAGGAGGUACCUAGGCCUAAGGAUGCAACUGAUACAGAGGAUUCUACUACAGAUACUGACAGUGCCCGCCUUUUGCUAUAUCUUCCCUCAAUCAUUCGGUAUGGUGUUGCAAUUUUCUGGGAUCAAACAAUUAUGCUGUUCAUUUAUGUGCAAAAUAGAGCAUACUUUUUUUUCAAGGUUCAUGUAAUGUAAAGUAAAUUCAAUCCAGAGAUGGAAUGGGAGUUCAACUUCUGGGGUGUUUGAAACUGAAGUUGGAUAUCAUAAUAUCAUGGUAAUCAGAUUCUGGAUAUGACCUAUCUUAUGGACACCUAUGUUAAUCUUCCCAACUUCAGAAGUAGAGAAAGUGCACUGACUUAUGCAUUAAGCAAUGAACUGCUAUUGUCUUCAUCUGAUUACAUUGAUUCAACUUCCUUU